AAGUCUUCACCUGGCAUUUGACUAGCCAUCCAGAAUUCUAAAAUCGUCAUAGUUAUUCUGGAAACUUCAGAGUUAACUUGCGAAUAUUCUGUGUUUUUUCGAAUCGUGCGAAUAUUAUUCUAUAUUAUCUAUUUUUAUCGUUAACGGAUUGCAAGUUUAAAAUUCUAACGCUUUAUUGAAUAUUAAUUCUCAAUAUGUUUUCGCUUAUGAACGACGAUCCUUUCUUCAAUGGUCCAAUGGAAAGUAUGCGUAGGAUGGAAGCAAUGAUGGACAACAUGAUGUCGCCUUUUGGUCUGUUUGGAGGAGGAAAUCGAAGAGCAGCGAUUGAUAAUCGUGACAAUAGGAGUCACGGCAAUAUGCUCAUGCCAUUUGGUUUUGGAGGCAGCUUGUUUCCUAAUAUGGAUGACAUGUUUGCAAAUUUUAACCAAAUGAGUAAUGAUCCCAACUGUCACAGUUUCACAUCUUCAUCUGUUAUGACCUAUACAACAGAUGAAACAGGACGACCACAAGUCUAUCAAGCAUCUUCCUCUACCAAGACUGCACCUGGAGGGGUGAAAGAAACCAUUCAUUCGGUCCAAGACAGCAGAACAGGCCUACAAAAGAUGGCUAUUGGUCACCAUCUGAAUGAAAAAGGCCAUGUGGUAGAAAAGAAAAAGAAUCGCUAUACAGGUGAUGAAGAAGAAAAUGAAGAAUACAUUAAUUUGGAAGAUGAUGAAGUGGAUCAUUUUGAUAAAGAGUGGCAGGAUAGAGCGCAGGCAUUCAAUGGUAGACGGCCCAUGCGAAAUAUGGUUGGAUAUGAGGAUUAUCAUCACCCAAAAAGAACUCACAGCCAACCUGAAUUGCUUGCUAUUACAGAUGGCACGUCAAGUCCUGAACAUACUGGAGCUGCCAAAAAGAAGACUGGUAAGCACAAGCGCAAAGGAAUUUUUGGGCAUAAAAAAGAUCAUACUAGGCCUUCUCCUUACCAGUGAAUGGACUCUCUGUAUUUAAAUGAAUGUUAGCUCCAUGUUUAGAUAAACUUUUUGGUGUAUAGAGUUAGUGAAAUAUUUGUAUUAAUAGGCCAUUCUCUGUGUUACAAGGGUAGAUAUUUUCCUUCAAUUCAUACUUUUUGUUUAUGUCUGUCUUGUGUUUCCCAAAAUUGUACAUUAUUGUGUUUAAUAAAUAACUUUCUUUUA